AUGAAGCUCUUUUCACAGAUGCACAAUAAGGGCGGAUCGAUUUCUCCACGAGAAGAAGACCCUGCCGUUGCAGUGGAAGAAGAGACCAAGAACAUCGAUUUCAUGGCUUUUGCAAACUUUGUCUGGAGGUUAUUGGGCUGGACGGAUGAUGAGUUUGAGAAUUAUCGGACCACAACGGAAUUUGGAUACGAAUUCAAUAAAGAUGGGCAGCUCAGAAACAUUGAGGAUGGGAAACGCUUCCAGUUCAACUUCUAUAACAACAAGGCUCGUGACCAGCGGCGUUACGAGGCACUGGGAGAGGUUAUAACCGAGUACGUGUACGAACUUCUGGUGAACGAAUGUGGACUGGAAAAGCAUUACGUCCCUGUCGAAGCCAUCAAAAGGAAUGAACCCUUCAGCUUCAUCUUCAUGAGCCCCGGGGCGCUGCAGAAGGAGAGGCUGCUGCUGCUCGUUCAGGGGAGCGGAGUGGUUCGAGCCGGCCAGUGGGCUCGGAGACUCAUCAUCAACGACUGCCUCGACUCCGGCACUCAGAUCCCCUACAUCAAGCAAGCCAUGGAGGAAGGGUACGGUGUCGUGGUUCUGAACCCCAACGACAACCGCGUUGACGGAGAGAGACUGGAGCGGGAGAGAACGAGGAUGGAGGCCUCCAAGAAGGGUCCGCAGCCCAAUUCUACGGACGCCGACGCUGCAAGCGGUUUGAGGAUGAGGGGGAGAAGGAGGCAUCAGAGAUAUCACUACAUCAGGGACAACGAAAGCCCCGAGAAGCACAUCGAGUACGUGUGGCAGCACUUCGUGGAACAGUCCAGGGCAACAAGAGUCUUCCUGGUGGCUCAUAGCUGCGGUGGCCAAGACUUCGUGAACGUGGCCAGCAGUUGUCCCGCUGUGCUGGGCAGGUUGUCAGCCGUGGCGUUGACUGCCUCCUCCCACCGUCUUCCUCAGAAGAACAAACCAAUGUUGGAAUGGUUUCAAAAGAACAGUGUCAACUGGGUGACUAGUUCAGAAGCUUUGGACACCAGAAUUCAUGGGCAUGGAGAUGCCUAUGUCGAGCUCUCCGCUGGCACAACGAAGCACGGCAUGACCUCUUGGUGUGCGCUUCAGUCCAUCUUUACAUACUUCGACAAUAAAUUGGAAAAUCCUGACUACCAGCCGGCAAGAGACGAACCAGACGAAACAGGCGAAGUCGGCAGGAGGAGAUGGAGCUGACUGCGUCGCGACUGCGAAUGCGGCGGGCAGUGACGACGUUAGAGACGGGAAGGACUUCGACGAUGGACCCAAAUGAAGUGACAUCGCACGCUGAGCGGGACGAGGAGAGACGGCGUUGCAGAAAAGCAGGGAGAACUACGGUCAUCCUUGCAGCGGAUUUUGGCGACAUAUCGAACAAAGAUGGUCAAACCCACACCGCCGGUGUCCGAUGACGCCGUACGGACCAUUACGCCACCACUUCUCCACUUCUUCCCCCCCCCAUCAAAUACCCCCCCCCCC